UUCAAGACAAAGGGCGAAGGCGACGCAGUCCAUCGAGUAAACAAACAAACAUUGAAAAUGUUGAAAGAGUUGGUGAAGCAGCGACUCAUGAUGGCGGCUGAUGAAAUAUUUGCGCUGUUUGAAAGAACGAUAGCGUCGUACGAGGAGGAACUUUACCGAAUGAGAGCAGAGAAGGAGCGACAACGACAACAGCAGGAAGCUCUUAGCAAGACUCACAUUGUGUUACACGUUGAAGACGUCCAGCAGCUGAUUGAUCAUCAAGAAGGAUGCCCCCCUCAGCUGGAGGCGGAGGGCUCUAUUUUGAAGCAGGAGGAUCCCCAGCCCCCCCACGUUAAAGAGGAAGAGGAGGAACUCUGGAUCACUCAGGAGGGAGAGGAGGCUGAUCUCACCUCGUUGCCACUGACUGGUGUCUCUGUGAAGACCGAAGAGCAUGAAGACAAACCACCUGAGUCCUCACAGCUUCAUCACAGUCUGAGUGAGGAGAACAGAGGGGCGGAGCCUCCAAGCAGCAGCAGCAGCAACUCACCACAACACAUGAUGAUGACAGACGCUGAUGGAGACCACUGUGGAGGAUCACAAGCAGACAAGCUCUUAGCUCUGCUGUCAGUUAAUGAGCACACGUCACACUCUCCUGAGGAUGAAGAAGCUUUGAGCAGCAAUGCAGACUGUGAAGGUGAUGUGAGGGCUCACACUGACAACAAACACUCUGAGUGCUCUGAAAAGACAAAACGUUUCACCUGCUCAGUUUGUGCUAAAAGAUUUUCUUUUCCGAGUGUUUUAACUCAACACAUGCAAACACACACGGGAGAAAAACCUUUUAGUUGUUCAGUUUGUGACUAUAGGUUUGCUCGAAGAUCCACUUUGAUGCGACACAUGAUAACGCACACAGGAGAAAAACCCUUUAGUUGUUCAGUUUGUGACGAACGAUUCUCUCGAAAGUCAUAUAUGGAAUCACACAAGAGAACACACACUGGAGAAAAACCUUUUAGUUGUUCAGUUUGUAGUGAGAAAUUUGCUAAAAAGCCCUCUUUGACACGGCACAUGACGACGCACACUGGAAAAAAACCUUUUAGUUGUUCAGUUUGUGGUGAGAAAUUUGCUAAAAGGCCCUCUUUGACAAGACACACGUGGACACACACGGCAGAAAAACCUUUUAGUUUGCUGGAAGGUCCGCUUUGAUGCUGCACAUGACAGUUAUGCAUGAGCGAAGGCGGGACAGCAAACAAGAGAAAAGUGAUCAGGUCACAUUGAAACAUGCAUCACAUGGUAUGGAUGAUUAGAAAUGAUUGGUAUUGGUACUUUAAAAAGCCGAUAUGUUAUAUAGUAUAAAUGUGAUCAAAAUAGCUCAAGAAGAAGGUCACACACACAAAUGGUAUCAAAAUUAGUGUUCAGUCUGACAGAAUCACUUUUUCCAUGGAACAACUUGGUUUAUUUCCUCUGGAAUAAAAAUUCUAUUGGGUUGCCCCCGACCUGCCUAUGGUGCCUCAUUUGGACGUACAUGAGUUUACUGAGCUGAUGGACACUUGGAAUUCUUGCAAAGAGAGCGAGGGCCAGCUUCUCACUCUUUCUUUCCCUUUGGGGAAACUUUUGGUCUUUUGGUCUACACAAGUGUACAUCAGUGAUGUUGAAAGAUCCAUGAAGAAAAAGUUUAGAAAUUUGUUUGGUAGCUGAUGUAGUGUAUUUGUUGGAAGAGGGGUAGGAGGAGGUGAGAGUGUCUUCUUGGGCCUGUUAUGGAAUACUGACAACAAAGCAAGACACUGGCCUUUAUUGAGCUCCAAUUACAUCAGGUUCUGAAGUAUGGAAUCACAGGAGUGCCAAAAUUAAAAGGGAAUCAAUAAUACAAAAAUAUACAAAUGUGGAAAUACAAAGAGAAUCAAUAAUAAAAAA